CAACUAGGAUCUUACGCAGAAGUCACUCUCCAUGACGGCUAGGAGUCCAAAGCAACAAUGAAGUCUCUCCGAUUCAUUACUGCUGAAGCAUUUGUGUCAAAUGCAGAGUUCGUCAGGAAGAGUCUCGGCGGUGUUGCCCAUAAUCUUUUUCCUCUUCUUUUUAAAGCCAGCUAUUUAUUGGAGCAAGGGGAAGUGAUUCAUGACUUGGUAGAGAACUGGCCACUUGUUGACUUUAACAUGGGAAAACUUCUAGGAACUACUGUGGACUACCAGGAAGACCUGAGCUGUAGAACAUGCUCAGUGUGCUUGGAAAGCUGUCUGACAGGGCUGAGAGACUAUGUGCUGAAUCAUCCUUCUCCCUACGUGAAAAGGUUGAAAGUGGUGGACCUGACGGGUAUAAAAGAUGUUGAAGUUCAGUUUUGUGAGUGUAAGAAGACAAUGGGCAGGUGGGCCAGGACACAGUUGCUCUCUAAGCUUUGUUUAGAACUGCUGGUUUACCUGCAACAAACACAGUGCAAUCCAGGUGCCUUUGAAAUCAGUGUUGAUGUGCUAAUUGACUUGUUUGUUACAGAGCGGAACUAUGAGCUAGUAAUGCAGGCUCUGUUGAAGAAAUGCUGUUGUCCACUGAAGAUCUGCUGUGUGUCAUUCAGAUCUGACAACCUGGAUUUGCAGAAAUUCUUCUAUAUCAUAAAGCUCACUGAUCCCUCUUUGUUGCGCAAACUGGAAAUAGUUCACAAUGUUCGCUUGGAAAUGGAACACUUGGAAAUACUCUUCAACAGUAUCCACUUCCCUCUAUUGAUGUCCUUGACCUUGCCAGCACGAACAUUUAAUGUGCAGAGGUUCACAGCUACAGAUGAACGGAUGCUUACUAACAUUGGAGAAAAGAUGGGUGAAAUGACGCAGCUGACCGAGCUGAGUAUGCCAUUUUCUAUACUCACAGGAAGAAUACAGAAACUGCUCAGCCCACUAAAAACUCCACUGAAGAUGCUGGAUGUUUCUAACUGCUCGUUGAACCAUGCUGAUAUGGCCUAUUUAGCCAAUAGCUUCCAUGCUAAUCACUUAGAAGCCCUGGACCUGAGUGGUCACAAGAUACUUGACCUUUACCCAUCAAUAUUCUUUAAACUUCUCAGCCAUUCCUCUUCAGUGCUCAGGAGUCUUACCUUGGAGGACUGUAACAUCCAAGACACUCAUGUCAACAUGCUGAUUUUAGGUUUAAGCCCUUGUCAGAAACUACAGGAGUUUAAGUUUCUUGGAAACCCACUGUCAUCCCAAGCACUUAAACACCUUUUCACAUUUCUCUGUGAGUUGCCAAUGUUGAAAAAUGUGGAGUUCCCAGUUCCAAGGGACUGCUACCCUAUUGGCAUCACCUACCCAAUUGAUGAUGCCAAUCUCUGCAGAUUUGAUCAUCAAAAAUACGAAAGUGUAGCAGAGGAUCUUAACCUCAUUUUACUCCAGGCAAAUAGGGAGGAUGUGAAGGCUUCAACUCCACUCUUUGGCAGUUAUGAUGCAGCUGUUCAGGAAACGAACAAUGAACUGGGAGCUUACUUGAUCAAGUCCUUCAAAGAGACUUUAGAAAGGUUCACUACUUCUCUAAACAAAAUGAGUUAAAGGUGUAACAUAGUGGUGAUGAGAUGCUUUGUCAAAUCAGAAGUUAAUUUAGUCUUCUCUAGAACUGUGCCUUCAUUGAUCAGUCUUGAGUUUUCUUUAAUUUCUUGGCUGAAUUUACUUCUGUUUGAAUAGCCUCUGAUCAUCUGAGGUAUUUUAGCUAUGCUUUAUCUAUUGCAUACACCUUGCAUAAGCACUGCUUGCUCUCAAAAGAGGGGAGGAUUCUUAAUAGCUUAUUAUUUUACACAAAAGCACUUUGUUUCUCAGUAAAACAAUAGGU